AUGGCUUUGACAUUAACCUUUGUGAAAGAAACAAACCAGGUACUUUUCGAAGGAAAUUCCUUUGUGAAGGAAGUGAUACUAAACAGGCCUCAUAAGCUGAAUAGUCUCAAUCACGAAAUGGUUAGUCAGAUGAAGGAGCGAUUGACGUUGUAUGAGAAUGACCCAUCAGUAAAACUCAUAAUUUUAAAGGCUAAUGGAAAAACUUUCUGUGCCGGUGGUGAUGUGAUAUCAGUAGUUACUUCUUCAAUUGCAGGACACUGGUCUUAUGCAGCAAGCUUUUACAAGAAACAACUCACAUUAGAUCAUUUGAUAGCAACCUACAAAAAGCCAGUGGUGUCUCUCAUUAAUGGAGUGGUCAUGGGAGGAGGCGCCGGUCUAUCCAUGAACACUAAUUUUAGAAUUGUCACUGAAAGAACUGUAUUUGCUAUGCCAGAAGUAUCUAUAGGACUUUUUCCAGACGUCGGUGCUUCAUACUUUCUUUCGAGGCUUCCUGGCUAUUUGGGGGAGUACCUAGGGUUAACAGGGAGACGUUUGAAUGGAGCAGAAAUGGUUAAAUGUGGCCUAGCGACUAAUUUUGUCCCUUCCAAGAAGCUAAAUUUGCUGGAAAAAGCCCUAGAGUCUGUGACAACUUCAGAUAUUUCAACGAUUACUGCAUUAAUUGAUUACUUUACUGAAAUAGCUCAUCUUAAGGAAGACAGCCCCUGGAAGAGAAUGGACACAAUCAAUAAAUGCUUCUCAAAAGGAACUGUGGAGGAAAUUGUUCUGUCCUUGGAAAAGGAAAUGGAAGUUGAUGGAGCAGAAAAGUGGAUUGCAGAUGCAUUGAAUUCUAUGCGUGCAUCUAGUCCUACAAGUCUCAAGAUAUGGCUUAGAUCAGUGAGAGAAGGCAGAGUACAAAGCAUUGAACAAUGCCUUCAUCGGGAGUACAAUAUUAGCUGCCAUGUCGCGCGAAGAACUGUGAGCAAUGAUUUGUAUGAGGGUUCCAGAGCAAAGCUAUUUGAUAAGGACAACAAGGCCAUGUGGGAUCCUCCAAAGCUGGAGCUGGUUAGUGAAGAUAUGGUAAAUCAGUGCUUCCGGGAGGUUGAAGACGAGAAUUGGGAGUGUCUGCAACUUCCUCAUAGAUCAAACUUACCCAGCAAGCUGAAAAACCUUGACACAAUCGGUAUUUCAAAAUUCUUUUUUAAUUACGACAUUGUUCCGAUUGAGCAAUCCGGACCGCUCAUUCACACAUUCAAUCACAGCCGUUCACUGUUUUCCACAUUAAGCACCGUCCUCUUCCUUUGGUCCCUCCUUCCUCCUUUCAUUUUACGCAAACCGCACCCACUCCAACUUAAUAGCACAAUGAACAUGACAGAAAAAUGUCAGAGUGGCGGAGAGGUGGUCACCACCGACCUAAGGUCAUGUUUGGUACGUGAUAUUAUGGAGGUUGGUGCUAGGAUCGGUAUUAAGAUUGCCUAUUUUGUGGUGUUUGGUAGGAGGAAUUGA